UCCAACAAAAAGAAUAAAAGAAGAGGAAUUUUCCAUCAGGAUAAGGCUUCCCCAUCUUCAUUUAUUCGGUUCAGUAUUUAACUAUUUAGAAAAUUAAAGAAACUCUUUGUGUGUUUAUUUUUUUUAUUUUUUCUCUCUCUGUUAUCAACAAUGGCGGAAAUAUCGCUACCCCAUGUGCACUUCACCAGAUAUUAAUACCCCACUCUUUUGCGCUCUCUUACUUUCUCUGCUCUUUUCAUUUCCCAAAACGAUGUCUCUUGUUUUCGAAAGGAAUGACAAUACUAAUUCAAUCAGACGCUCAGGGUUUAUCCACGGGAUGGAGUGUAUCUCGGUCUAUGGUUCGCCAGAGGAGAAAAACGAGGGCCGGAGGGGGUUGUCGUCGGCGGAUGAGAGAGAAGAGGAGGAUUCGAGGUCUUGUAGUUCGUCGUCAAUCGGAAGGAAUAGUGAUGUUUCCGAUGGAUCAUCAUCGGAUGGUGAAGAUUCAACGGAGGCUGAAGCGCAAAGCGAGCUUAAAGGACCUUUGGAUACCAUGGAUGCUCUAGAGGAGGUUUUGCCUGUGAGAAGAGGCAUAUCCAAGUUUUAUAAUGGCAAAUCAAAGUCCUUCACAAGUCUUGCUGACGCAGCUGCUGCUUCCUCCAUUAAAGAUUUUGCAAAGCCGGACAAUCCUUAUAAUAAGAAACGGAAGAACUUAUUAGCUCAUAGUUCUUUGUUGUUCAAGAAUCACAAUCAUCCUUUGAGAAGCAGUGGAAGUGAGAUAUCAAAGAGAUUAACUAAUUCAAGUCGAAGCACUGUGGCUCUUGGAACCACCCUGGGCAGCUCUGACUCCAACUCAAUCUCGUCUUUGCCAUCUACCUGUCUUCCACCUUUGCAUCCACAGUGUAAAAAAUCAACUACCAUCAGAUCAUCAUCACCAACUACUCGACCAAACCCUCCUUGUCGGUCUUUCUCCUUGUCUGAUCUACAGUUUGUCGCUGCUGCAACUCCUAACAUAACUGGUUUAGCUGUUCAUAGUGGAGACAAGGACAAAAAACUGCGCUGAAUUUAACUCAAGUUUCACUUGCAAAAUUGUGAAAUUAGAAGUUGCUAAAAUUUUUAUGGUCUUGGUCUUGAAGACUGUCAGUCUAUCACUUGCAGCUUCCUGCCUUGAUCUAAUGCUUGUACUUGUAGUGCUAGGUAUACCAUGGCCAGGCAUUUUGAGAAGUAAUUCCCACUUUACUAUUCUCAUAUCAUGUUUGCUGUGACCUAGAUAACGAUGAGAAUACUGUAUUGUAUAAUAUGAGAUGUAAAAUAUAUUCUCUUCCUAAACAGGAAAUGCUGGCCUUUUCUCAUGUAACGGUGAUAUGGGAGUUGCUGUUUACAUGUUACUGCAGUACAGUUUUUCCUUUUCCUCCUCCUUA